AUAGAGAGAAAGAGAAAAAGGGGGUGAGGGAAAGAGAAAACAACAUAGAGAAAGAGCAUGAAAAUAAUUAGUGUGACAGACAGACAGACAUACAGAGAAAGGGAGAUAAAGAAAGACCCAGAACGAGCGAAAGCAUGAGUGUCGUGGCCAUCGGCGCUGUCCUGCAGGCACUCGUAAGCAUCCUGCCGAGGGCUCUUGUGCCCGGUGCCUUCCUGCCCUCCCCCGACACCCUUCUUCCGCGGAGGCUUCUCGGUGAAGAAACCACGCCCUCGGGCAAGGCUGACCUCAGCCGAAUCUGGGAGAGUGACCUCAACUCACUGGAUACCAGCAAUGCCACAGACUCAUUGACGACAAGAUGUUAUGGCAUCUUCGGCUGCUUCAGCAUCGACCAGCCCUUUCUCUCCCUGGCAAGACCCAUCAACGCCUUCCCGCUGCCAGUUGACCUCAUUAUGCCAAAUUUCUGCCUCUACACCAGGGAUUCCCCCGAAUUGUGCCAGCUCCUGAAAGUGUCCGACCCCAUCAGCAUAAGGGCUUCCAGCAUCCGAUUGGAGGCUCCGGUCAAAAUUCUCACGCACGGUUAUUUGGAACACGGAGACAAGAGGUGGCUCAAGAACAUGAAGGAGGAGUACCUCCUCUACGACGACCUGAACGUGGUGGUGGUCGACUGGCUGUCCGGGUCGGGGCCGCCCUACACGCAAGCCGUCGCUAACAUCAGGCUCAUCGGCGCCAUCAUCGGCAGGCUGGUGCUGGACCUCGAGGAAUACUUCGGCGUGCCCCCCUCAGCCGUGCACGUUGUGGGGCACAGCCUGGGGGCGCAGCUGGGUGGAUACGCUGGCGAAUACCUCAAGAGCCGCGGGGCGAAGCUGGGGCGAAUCACAGGCCUUGACCCAGCGGAGCCCUACUUCGAAGGAACUGACCCCGUCGUGCGUCUUGACCCCCUUGACGCUACCCUUGUCGACGUCAUUCACACCGACGCGGGACCCAUCAUCACAGGAGGCCUGGGUCUCCAGCAGCCGGCCGGGCAUUUCGACUUCUACCCGAAUGGCGGCAUCAGGAUGCCCGGAUGCGGCGCGCACUUCCUGGAGUCUGUCGCCAAGGAACAGGGCAACAUUCCUUACGGGCUGCGUCGCUUCAUCGGCUGCAACCAUAUCCGCUCCUACGAGUACUUCACGGAGUCGAUCAACAGCGCGUGCCCCUUCAUGGCCAUCGAGUGCCCGUCGUGGGAGGCUUACUGGAAGGGCCUGUGCUGGGAAUGCGGCCCCGACUGGCACCGCUGCGCCAGGAUGGGCGCCCACGCCGACUCCUACAUGAAUUACAGCCAACCCGACGUCCCUCUGAAGGUCAUGUACCUCAUCACUGCGCCCGACCCGCCCUUCUGCACAUUCCAUCACCGGGUGAGCGUUAUGAUGUCCUUCACAGCCGAAGCGCGGAAACACGGCGGUGACAUAGGAGUUUUCUACAUCACCUUCUACGGCGACCACGGCGUGUCCGACCGCAUCCAGCUGAACCUCGAAGAAAUCUACUUCGAGCCGGGCAACGCCUACACGUACAUGAUCGGCACGAAGGACUUGGGGCGGCUCCACUACGCCAUCCUGGAGUGGACUUAUGUCACGGCCUAUUACAACCCUCUCACGUGGAGGAUUCUGAGCCAGCCCUUGGUCUACGUCAACCGCGUCCACAUUGACUCUGUCGAAAUGCAGGAAAGGUACGAGUUCUGCGGCCUGGACCUGCCCUUCCGCUCCGGUACCCACAGGAAGCUGGAGUGGCAGGCCGGAUGCCCGGAGCCGGCCCCGCCUCCCGGCGCCUCCAUCCUGGGCACCAUCAUCAACUUCGACGUUGAGGACACCAUCACCGACAACAUCAACGCCGUCAACAGCGGCCUUAACAGCCUCGGCAAUGGCCAGUUCAUCAACAACCUCGCGUCCUCCGCCAACCAGGUGGCCAGGGAGCUCAUGGAGGGCCUGAGGAGGAGGAGGGUGGGGGGCGGGCCGGCGCCAGGGAGGAGGAAGAAGGGACGAGAGAGGAGGAAAGGAGGUGCGAGAGUGAAAGGGAAGAGAAGAAAAGAGGAUUCAGGCUUAAGAUGGAGAAUCGUGGACAUUUGAAGAAGGGGUCAAGCGAAGAAUAUGAAGAUCACUUAAUGAGUCAUCAUGCACUGGUGAUGUUGUGUCCGGAGAACUAAAAGAAUUUAUUCGGAAUUUGCGAAGGAAGCAAACUUUUAUUGAAAAGGGAAAGUUCUAUACACAAUUGAUGUGUAUAAGCAGCUUGGUAAUCCUAUUACUGUUAAUCUGCAUAAUCCAUGCAAUUUUUUGUGGCAUAUGUAUUUAUCCAAACAACAUAAUCUACUAGUGAUUUAACGAUAAUGUGAUAGCCAUAAUUAAUGCAUUUGAUUUAAAUCAAGCACACUGUGCCAUUUAACAAAAUUAAUUCCUACAGCGCUAAAUGAAUAAUUCAGAUUUACCACGAGUUCCGAAACCCUGUCUAGUGGUGCCAUCUAGUGGCCGGGGCGAGCAUCGGAGGAAGGGCGCCAAGGACCCUGGCAAGCUUAUCCUUCCGCCAAUUAAUAACGGACCAGCACUACGACGCAAAUUCAGUUAUUGCUCUUGUCCUUGCUCAUGCUGCCGAAACAGCUCGAUUAGCAAGGAUGGGAGGCGUAAUCGAGAGGGAUCACAGUUAUUAUGGAAAAUCCAAAAACUAAAAAAUUCUUGUGUCAUCUCAAAAGAAAAGAGAGAGCGGUUGGCAGGUUUUCUUAACUGAAAGGGUUGUGAAGCAGGCGGGAAGACCCUCACUGAGAAGCGAUAUUGAUGGUAAUGAUAUUUCUUACGAGACGCGUCCAUUUUCCUUUUAACAGGAUUGUCUCUCUUUGUCUCCAUAUAUUUUCUAAACAUCUCUUAUUCUUCUCUCUCAAUUUCCCUCUUUAACCUAACCGCCUUUAUCUUCGGGGAAAGAAUUCAUGCUGUUACUCAUGUGUAAUACGAUAUUUGCAGACCAUUCACGUAAGCAAUGGGAGAUUACUACCGUCCAUGAUAGACAGCCGACAGCAAUCAAGUAAGAGGUACAUUGUUGCCAAUUCGGGCAUUGUCCCUCCCGCUUUUAAACCACGUCCUCUGGUAACAAACAACUGCUUCUGACAGCUAAUUGUGGAGCGGGUGAUAUGUGAAGACAAGUGUGAAAAACGGAAAGGGGGAUGAAAGGCACGAAAGAUAAAGAGGGAGAGGGUGUUGGCUAAAAGCUGAGAGAGAAAGAGAGGGAGGAAGAGAGAUAGAGAGGGAGAGAGA